UCUCUCCCCAUACAAGUCCAGAAUUAGAAAGAGAAAAAAAAAAAAAAAAUCACAGUGUGUAGUGGAUGAGGUAGAGAAAGGGCAAAAGGAAAAAAAAAAUGGUUGUUCUCUCUCCUUCCCUCUCUCUCUUCACACCCAUUCAUCUCCUUCCACAAAAUCUCCUCUUCUUCAGAAACCAGAGUGGGAUUACGAUGCAACACAAGAAUUGUGGUUUACACGACGCGUCAUCAUAUUCACAGCCGUGCUCAAGUGUUGCUUCGGAACCCACUUCACAACAUGGCUUUUGGAGACGGGAUUUCCUUCUAUUUGGCCUUUCCUCUUCUCUCUUAUCACUCUUCCCAUCUUCAGGGUCGUUUGCGGAGGGGGAUUUGAAGAUGGCUUCCUUGGUUGAUGAAAUAAAUGCUUAUUCUUAUCUCUACCCGAUAGAGUUGCCAUCCAAGAAGUUCCUCUUCAAAUGGGUGGAAUCCAGAAAGCCCGAACGAUAUUCAUCAGCUGCACCGCUAUCUCCUGAUGCACGCCUGCGCAUUGUGUCUGAGCGUGUUGACAUUAUUGAUAACCUGAUCAUCUCAGUAACGAUAGGCCCCCCAAAUUCAAGGUUUAUAAAAUCCAAGGACAAGAGUACAUGGACUACAAAAGAUGUUGCCGAUUCUGUUUUGUCUGACAAGGCUGCUCUGCGAGUCACCUCAAGUCAGCGAAUGAGUGAAAGUUCAGUUCUUGAUACACAUUCUAGUGAAAUCGAUGGCGUGCCGUACUGGUAUUAUGAGUACCUUGUUCGUAAGUCGCCUACAAAAACCGCUCAAGAAUCGAACAUUUUCCGACAUUAUGUUUCUUCAACGGCUGAGCGAGAUGGUUAUUUGUAUACUCUGAAUGCUUCAACCCUCAACAAGCAGUGGAGCACGAUGGGGCCUGUGCUCGAAAAAACGGUAGCUUCUUUUCGUCUUCUCCCUCCAACAGAGGAAUACGUUCCUCCGUACAAGGAUCCCUGGAGAUUUUGGUGAUAUCAUUUUUUUAUUUUUUCAUCAUUUGAGGAUUUUCGGGCUAUUUUUUCAUAUCUUGUAACAAGUUCAAUGACAAAGUUCUUUAAUUUCUCACCCAAAAAAGAUUUAACUCAAAAUCCUCUAAAAUUAUGCAAUAAUUCCUUCACGCUACAACAACUUGGGUUUGAUUUUAACUUAAUCCCAGAAAGAGAUUGAAACUUUUGCGGUUGUGUUGUCCUUGUCCCACAUCGGAAAGGAAGUGAAUUGUGAGAUAGUGAUAAUGAGGAUAGAAUAGGGGUAAGUAGGAAGAUUAAG